AUGCCGACCGUGGCCGUCACAGUUGGGAAGAAGCAGCGCAACGUCGUGUCCGCCCCUUUACUGGCGACGAUGCUGAGGGCGCAUGACCCGGCGGAGAUAUGGCUUGAGAAGGUCUCGACCAGACCGGGAGAGGUGCCGUGGGUGCCUUUGCGUUCGGUCGUGGUGUUGGCGUCAUCGAGGGCGUGGCCGCUGCUCUUGGCAAGCCUCUCCACCGUGACGCCAGCCGUCUGGAAGAAGGCGACCGGAUGCCCUGCCGAUAAGGGCGGAGCGCGUGCCAGGGCGAUGCAGCUCUUCCCGACAGCAGCCGACCAGUUCAAGCGCGUGAAGGAUGACGGACGAGCAGAGGCGGCUCUGAUCGGGGUUUAUGCAGUAACAAGGAACCAGAAAUGA